AUGUUGGUGCGGCUGUUGCGUGUUAUUUCAUUGGCCAGCGUGGUCUUCGGCACUGAUAUUUUACGAUUGAGUUAUACAGAUGAUAAGAAGGACGCUAUUCCCUUAGGUACUUUUGAGAUUGACAAUACACCCGGUAGGAACGUAUCAGUCACAACUGUUGACGUGCCAAACGUUCAAGUCUCUGGACAUUACUGCUUGAAUGCUCAAAUUGAAGGUAAACUAGAUAUGCCAUGUUUCAGCUACAUGAAGCUAGAAACACCAUUAAGAUUCGACUUAAUUGUGGAUUUGAAUGAUGAUAAUGAGGUUAAACAAGUGUUACUCUCCUAUAAUGAGACUAACAACGCUAUUGUUGCUACUGCAAGGUACCCAGUAGUGGGUCCAAGUGCACCAGUGGCUAAAUUAAAGAAAAGAACCAAGACUUAUGCUGAUAAAAAAGCUAGUAAGAAUAAGGAUGGAAGUACAGCACAAUUCGAAGAAGAUGAAGAGACCAAGGAGCUCUCUUGGUUCCAGAAGAAUUGGAAAAUGUUGCUUGUUGGUUUACUGAUAUAUAAUCUUGUUGCAGGCUCGAUAAAGAAGCAACAAGAUACCGGAUCUGGCCAAAAAGCUGAUUAA